AAGAAAAAUUUCCACUCUUUUGAUUUUUCUAGCUUGUAUUCCACGUAUGAUUGGCAACAACAAAUUGAUUGUAAUAGAAAUAAAGGUAUCGAAUUCAAGCCUGUUUGAAAAUUGCGAUCGGAUAUUGAUAAUGGAGAGCUGACCUCCUUUCUCCCUUUACCCUUUGUUUUUCCCCUUUCUCUCUUGUUCGCUCUCUUCCUCUUCUUCCUUCGAGCUUCAUAGGGCUCAAAUUUCCGCCAUUUUUGUAUAUUAUCAUCACCAUCGAAACCCCAUUAAAACAUUUUUUCCAUAUUCUUUCAUCUUCUUUUUUACUGCCACCAUUUUCAUCCAUUUAUUCAAUCAAACCCUCCCCCUCUUCACUCCUUUUCGUGAUUCGCCGGUUUCUUUGACCUUUUUUUAAUCCGAUGAUCGUGCCCCACUUGCUUGAUUUCUGAUUCAGUGUUGUUAUCGUGUUCUUGUUGUUGCUAGAAGUACUGUAGAUCGAAUUUUCUUAUCUGGGUUGUUGCCAUGUCGUGAUUUUUCUUUAUCUGAGGUUCUCCACGGAGUCUCGUUUGCGGAGAAGGGUUAGGCCAUUCACCCGAAUGGAAGGGUCUGGUAGCGACCCCGACUCUCAUAGAGCUGCUUCCACCAGUAGUUCAAGGAGGUUUGGAAUGUUAGCUGCCUCGAAUAUUAUUCAGGCUCCGCUUUCUGCACUAUUAGAGUACUCGGGUCUUCUUCGUGGCCGCCCAAGUCAUCAAGAAUCCGAGGCAUUGAUAAGUGCACGAUUACCUUCGGGGUUUCGAGACCAUCUUCGCAGCCAGAUCGAAGAAUCUUCGGGUGCUACUAAUGAUGGAGAGGUUUCAAUUAGGAUAAUUGGGGCAGGGGAACCAGAACAUGGUAGGGAUGGUGCUGGACUAGUAGUUGGGCAAGCGAGGGAAGGUAGCGGUCAGAAUACGGUGUCUUUGCAAUCUGUUUCGGGGUUGGCAUCUGUGACCUUGGCGUCGGAGCUUAGCCAGGGUGAGUCUGCUACUGAACGUGGUGCAAGAGAGGGCAUUCCUCAAUCAAUAAAUGCAAGUGCUGAUGGAGAUGCCUCGGAGGCAGCUGGAGGAAAUAGCAGGGAUUCUUCUUAUCAAAGGUAUGAUAUUCAACAGGCUGCUCGGGGGAUUGAGCAGAUUCUCCCUUUUAGUUUUCUUCUACUGGUGGUCUUCAUUCGACAGCAUUUGCAAGGCUUCUUUGUGACUAUAUGGAUUGCUGCUUUCAUGUACAAGUCAAAUGAUAUUUUGCGAAAACAAACAGCUUUGAAGGGAGAGAGAAAAAUCUCCGUUUUGGUUGGCAUUUCUCUUGCAUUCACUAUUCAUGUUAUUGGUGUGUACUGGUGGUAUCAGAAUGAUGACCUUUUAUAUCCGUUGAUCAUGCUUCCUCCCAGAGCGAUUCCUCCCUUUUGGCAUGCUAUUUUCAUCAUCAUGGUGAAUGACACUUUGGUCCGUCAGGCAGUGAUGGUGGUCAAGUGUGUUCUAUUGAUGUAUUACAAGAACAGCAGAGGCCGCAACUAUCGUAAGCAGGGUCAAAUGCUAACUUUAGUCGAAUAUUUGCUGCUACUGUAUCGUGCCUUAUUGCCUACUCCUGUCUGGUAUCGUUUCUUUUUGAACAAAGAGUACGGGAGUCUAUUUUCGUCACUAUUGACAGGACUGUACUUAACUUUCAAACUCACAUCUGUUGUUGAAAAGGUGCAAUCCUUCUUUGCUGCUUUGAAAGCACUGUCACGUAAAGAGGUGCAUUAUGGGGCAUAUGCAACGUCAGAGCAGGUCAGCGCAGCUGGUGAUUUGUGUGCUAUUUGCCAAGAGAAGAUGCAUGCUCCUAUCCUACUCCGAUGUAAACACAUAUUUUGUGAAGAUUGUGUCUCAGAGUGGUUCGAGCGGGAACGAACAUGUCCAUUGUGUAGGGCUUUGGUUAAACCCGCGGAUCUCAGAUCAUUUGGUGAUGGAUCAACAAGUCUGUUUUUCCAGGUUUUCUAAGCCAUUUUCUCCAAGCCCCUCAGAGACAUUGUGGUUUGAAGAGCUGAAGCCAGCCAUUGCAUUUUUACCUACACAAAUUGUAAAUCUAACUAAUACUGUGUAGCUGCUACCCUGGAGGAAGCAAAAGACUGGCGCUUGUGAACUCGGAAAGGCGAAUUCGAAAUCGACAUGUAUACAUAAUAGUCCUUUUUAUGCUAAAGCGGAGGAUGGUGGAUGUUCGAGAGGAGGGGUUUAACCCUUGUAUGCAAAUAUUAUGAAUUAUGAGUUUGGGGUGUAAAUUUAAUAUACCAAAGCCAGUUGCUAUGUUGAUUUAUAAUUUUAGUCCAAAAUGCAUUAUAAAAUGAGAAUGUUUUGGACUUCUAGAAAUUGUUAUAUACACAAACAGAAUGUGAAACACGUUUUUGGCUAUUCAGUUUGUGCCUUGUGGAUUUGAAAAUGAAGGAAAUGAAUAUGAUGAAUUUUUA